UCUGCGGCAAAUCAGAGAUUCACCAGUAUUGCCUGACAUUGGCCUUGAAUGAAACCUCUACAUAGACGUGGCCCGAUACAUUGAAGCAUACUUAAUAUCUGGGAAAAACAGGGAUUUUACUGGAUAAGCGACACAGACCCGCGACUGCGAUGGCUCUUCUCCGGCGAGACUCCCUGGUAACCGGGCAGCUGCUGCGGCUGGUUCUGCUACACACGGCCUGGGAGGUGGGCAGCGGCCAGGUCCGUUAUUCCCUGCCGGAGGAAUCCAAACACGGCACCUUUGUGGGCCGCCUGGCCCAGGACCUGGGGCUGGAGGUGUCGGAGCUGGUGUCUCGGGUGUUCCGGAUGGUGUCCAAAGGCAGGGGAGACUAUUUUGAGGUAAAUUUGCAGAGCGGCGUUUUGUUUGUUAAGUCGCCAGUAGACAGGGAAGAGGUGUGCGGCCAGAGCCCCCUAUGCGUUAUUGACCUGGAGGUGAUAGUGGACAAACCCCUGAGGAUAUUUCACGUGGAAGUGGAGAUACAGGAUAUAAAUGACAAUGCUCCUGUGUUCCCCGUAAAUGAAUUAAAUCUGUUUAUAUCAGAAUCAACACUGCCGGGCUCGCGUUUCCCACUAGAGGGCGCGUUUGACGCAGAUAUUGGUACAAACUCUCUGCUAACCUAUAAACUCAGCUCGAAUGAAUUUUUCACUCUAGAUGUACAAAAGAAAAACGACAAAAGCAUAUCUGCUCAGCUCGUGUUAAGGAAGGCUCUCAAUAGAGAGGAAAUCCCUCUUCAUAAGUUAUUACUCACUGCUACUGAGGGGCAAACCGAGCUGACGGGCACAGUUCAGCUGGUGAUCACUGUGCUGGAUGUCAAUGAUAACGCGCCUGUCUUUGGUCAAUCCGUGUAUGAGGUCAGUGUAACGGAAAAUACAACUAUUGGGGAGUUAGUCGUCAAACUCAACGCCACCGAUUUGGAUGAGGGGAUUAAUAAAGAUAUCGCGUAUUCUUUUAAUAUUCUUACUGGUCCCGAAGUAAAAGACAUGUUCAGUAUAGAUUCUCAUACCGGAGAAAUUAGAAUCAAAGGAGAAUUGGAUUUUGAAGGUACUAAAUUGUAUGUAAUUCAAGUCCAAGCUACAGAUGAAGGUCACGCUCCAAUGGUCGGACACUGCAAAAUUUUGGUGGAAGUUUUAGAUGUGAACCACAACGUCCCUGAGCUGGCCGUGACUUCCCUUUCCCUGCCGGUGCUGGAGGACGCUCCCCCGGGGACAGUGGUGGCUCUUAUUAGCGUCUCCGACCGGGACUCGGGAGACAACGGCAAAGUCACCUGCUCCAUCCCCCCGGACCUGCCCUUUCAGCUCGUCUCCACCUUUAAGAAUUAUCACUCGCUGGUGCUGGCGGAGGCCGUGGAUCGGGAGCGAGUGUCUGAAUAUAAGAUCCUGGUGACAGCCAGAGAGGAAGGGGCCCCGUCUCUCUCGGCCAGCAGCAGCAUUUUGGUGCCGAUCGCGGAUGUGAACGAUAACGCCCCUGCUUUCCCUCAGCCCGUGUACACGGUGUUUGUGAAGGAAAACAACCGUCCCGGGGCCCAUCUCUUGAGCGUGUCGGCGUCGGACCCGGACGUGCGGGAAAACGCCUUUGUGAGCUACUCGGUGGUGGAGCGCAGUGUGGGAGAGCAGCAGCCCGUGUCCAGCUACAUCUCGGUGCACUCGGAGAGCGGGCACAUCUAUGGGCUGCAGCCCUUUGACUACGAGGAGCCCUGGCUGGGAUGAUUUAACUGGGAAUUGGUCCUG